AUGCUUCCGAGCCUCUGGGGUCUGCUGCUGCUGCUGCUGCUGUGUUGUGCAGUGACUCUGGCUCCCCAAGGGCCUCAGGCUCUGGACCCUUUCCUCUCCCUUCUGAAGUCAUGGCUCUCCACCAUGGACCAGGCACCCCAGGGGUCACUCAGCCGCUCCCGUUUCUCUGCAUUCCUGGCCAACGUGUCCUCUUCUUUUGAGCCCAGGCGUAUGGGGGAGGCUCCCGUGGGCGAGCCCCCACCGCCACUCCAGCCCCCCGCCCUGCGCCUCCACGACUUCCUCGUGAUGCUGAGAGGCAGCCCAGACUGGGAACCCAUGCUCGGGUUGCUGGGGGAUGUGCUGGCCCUGCUGGGGCAGGAGCAGACUCCCCGGGAUUUCCUGGGCCACCAGGCAGGUGUGCUGGCUGGCCUCGCAGAAGUGCUGCUGGGAGCCUUAGUUCCUGGGGGGCCACCUACUCCCACCCGGCCCCCGUGUAGCCGCGAUGGGCCCCCAGACUGCGUCCUGGAGGCCGACUGGCUGCCUUCUCUGCUGCAGUUGUUGGAGGGCACCCGCUGGCAAUCCCUGGUGCAGGUGCAGCCCAGCGGGGACCUCAUCAAUUCCACCGACCUCCACGGGAGGGAGCCAGCCCCCCUCUUGCAGGGUUUGUUGGGCUUGCUCACCCCAGUGGGUGGGUUAGGCUCCGAGGAAGCUCUCUGGGAAGGUCUCUUGCGCACCGUGGGGGCCCCCCUCUACACUGCUUUCCAGGAGGGGCUCCUCCGUGUCACCCAUUCCCUGCAAGACGAGGUGUUUUCCAUUCUGGGGCAGCCAGAGCCUGAUGCCAGUGGGCAGUGUCAGGGAGGCAACCUGCAGCAGCUGCUCUUAUGGGGUGUUCGACACAACCUCUCCUGGGAUGUCCAGGCCUUGGGCUUUCUGUCUGGAUCGCCACCCCCGCCCCCUGCCCUCCUCCAGUGCUUGAGCGCGGGCAUACCUCUGCCCAGAGCUGCCCAGCCCUCAGCCCACAUCAGUCCACGCCAGAGGCGAGCCAUCUCCGUGGAGGCCCUCUGCGAGAACCGUACGGACCCAGCACCCCCCUACAGCAUUUCCAACUUCUCCAUCCACUUGCUGUGCCAGCACGCCAAGCCCGCCACCCCACAGCCCGCCACUCCACAGCCCGCCACCCCACAGCCCCCUCCCAGCAUCUCAGCUGUCUGCCAGACUGCUGUAUGGUAUGCAGUCUCCUGGGCCCCUGGCGCCAAGGGCUGGCUCCAGGCCUGCCACGACCAGUUUCCCGAGCAGUUUCUAGAGGCCAUCUGUAGCAACUUGUCCUUUGCAGCACUGUCUGGCCCCAACCGCCGCCUGGUCAAGCAACUCUGUGCUGGCCUGCUGCCACCCCCCACCAGCUGCCCUGAGGGUCUGCCCCCGGUGCCCCUCACUCCAGACAUCUUCUGGGGUUGCUUCAUGGAGAAUGAGACUCUGUGGGCUGAGCGGCUGUGUGGGGAGACAAGCCUGCAGGCUGUGCCCCCGAGCAACCAGGCCUGGGUUCAACAUGUAUGCCUGGGCCCCACCCCUGAUGUCACUGCCUCCCCGCCCUGCCACAGAGGACCCUGUGGGGAGCGCUGUCCGGAUGGGGGAAAUUUUCUGAUGAUGGUCUGUGCCAACGAUACUAUCUAUGAAACCCUUGUGCCCUUCUGGCCUUGGCUGGCUGGCCAGUGCAGGAUAAGUCGUGGGGGCAACGACACUUGCUUCCUAGAAGGGCUCUUGGGCCCUCUUCUGCCCUCUCUGCCACCACUGGGGCCCUCCCCUCUCUGCCUGGCCCCUGCUCCCUUUCUGCUUGGCAUGCUUUCCCAGCUGCCACGCUGUCAGUCCUCUGUGCCAGCCCUUGCCCACCCCACCCGCCUCCACUAUCUCCUGCGCCUGCUGACCUUCCUUCUGGGUCCUGGGGCCGGAGGGACUGAAGCCCAGGGGAUGCUGGGGCAGGCCUUGAUGCUCUCCAGUCUCUCAGACAACUGCUCCUUCUGGGAUGCCUUCCGUCCCGAGGGCCGCCGCAGUGUGCUGCGCACAGUUGGGGAGUACCUGGAACAGGAGGAGCAAGAGGCCCUGCUGGACUUUGAACCCUCUGACAGCCAGAGCUCAGGGCUAAACAAGAUGGAGCUGCUGUCCUGCUUCAGCCCUGUGUUAUGGGAUCUGCUCCAGAGGGAGAAGAGUGUUUGGGCUCUGCAGAUCCUGAUGCAGGCAUACCUGCACAUGCCUCCAGAAAAUCUCCAGCAGGUCGUGCUUUCAGCAGAGAGAGAGGCUGCUCAGGGCUUCCUGACGCUCAUGCACCGAUCCUGGGCUCAGCUGCAGGUGCCACCAUCAGAGGAGCAAGCCCUGGGCCGCCUGACGGCCCUGCUGCUACAGCGAUACCCUCGCCUCACCUCCCAGCUCUUUAUUGACCUGUCACCACUCAUUCCCUUCUUGGCCGUCCCUGACCUGCUGCGUUUCCCACCAUCCCUGCUGGCCAACGACAGUGUUCUGGCUGCCAUCCGGGAUUACAGCCCAGAAAUGAGGCCUGAGCAGAAGGAGGCGCUGGCCAGGCGACUGCUAGCCCCAGAACUGUUUGGGGAAAUACCCGCCUGGUCCCAGGAGCUGCUGUGGGCAGUGCUGCCCCUGCUCCCCCACCUCCCUCUGGAGAACUUUCUGCAGCUCAGCCCUCACCAGAUCCAGGCUCUGGAGGACAGUUGGCCAGCAGCAGGUCUUGGGCCAGGCCAUGCUCGGCAUGUGCUGCGCAGCUUGGUGAACCAGAGCAUGGAGGAUGGGGAGGAGCAGGUACGCAGGCUGGGGUCUCUUGCCUGUUUCUUGACCCCUGAGGAGCUGCAGAGCCUGGUACCGUUGAAUGAUCCCAUGGGGCCAGUGGAGCGGGGUCUUCUGGAAUGUGCUGCAAAUGGGACUCUCAGUCCACAAGGACGGGUAGCCUACGAACUUUUAGGGGUGUUGCGUUCAUCUGGAGGAACUGUACUGAGCCCCCCGGAAUUGCGGGUCUGGGCCCCCCUCUUCCCUCAGCUGGGUCUCCGCUUCCUGCAGGAGCUGUCUGAACCACAGCUUAGAGCCCUGCUUCCAGCCCUGCAGGGAACCAGUGUCACCCCUGCCCAGGCUGUCCUGCUCCUUGGACGGCUUCUCCCUCGUCAUGAUCUGUCCCUUGAAGAACUCUGCUCCUUGCACCCUCUGCUGCCAGGCCUCAGCUCCCAGACACUCAAGGCCAUCCCUAGGAGAGUGCUAGUGGGGGCAUGCUCCUGCCUGGCCCCUGAACUGUCGCGCCUCUCAGCUUGCCAGACAGCAGCUCUGCUGCAGACCUUUCGUAUAAAAGAUGGAGCUAAAACAGUGGGUACAGCAGGGGCUGGUGCAGCUGUGUGUCUCCCUGGUCAGCAGCCUGUCUCCACCACCUGGCCAGACUGCCUGCUCCCCCUGCUCCCUCUAAAGCUGCUGCAAGUGGACUCUGCAGCUCUCUUGGCUGAUCGAAGGCGUUACCGGCAGUUGCUCUGGUCGGAGCAGCAGUCACAGUUUCUCUGGAAGAAGAUGCAGGUACCCACCAACUGGACCCUCAGGAAUCUGCAGGGUCUGGGAACCCUGGCAGGCGGCAUGUCUUGCGAGUAUCUGCAGCAGAUCAAUCUGAUGGCAGACUUUCUUGAAGUGAUUCACAUGAUCUAUCAACUGCCCACUGGGGUUCGAGGGAGCCUGAGAGCUUGUAUCUGGGCGGAGCUACAAAGGAGACUGGCAAUGCCAGAGCCAGAGCCAGCAACCCUGGGGCCAGAACUGAGUGAGCUAGACACCAGGCUCCUUCUGGACUUACCGGUCCGGUUGAUGGACAGACUGUCCAACGAAUCUGUUAUGUUGGUCUUGGAACUGAUACAAGGGGCUCCAGAGCAGCUACUAACCCUGACCCCACUGCACCGGACAGCUCUGGCGGAGAAAGUACUACAGAACCUGGCUCCAAGGGAGACAGCAAUCUCAAGGCAAGUGCUGGAGGCAUUGGGUCCCUUGGUUGGAUUCCUGGGUAUCGAGAGCAUACGGCGGAUCCCCCUCCAAGUCCUACUGGCUCAACUCAACCAAUGGCAGGCCUUCUGCUUAGGAGAACCAUUUGCUACUGAGCUGGGCUGGCUGCUGUCCCACGAGGCUGUUCUUGGGAAACCAGAGUUGUGGAGCCAGGAUGAAGUAGAGCAAGCUGGACGCCUAGUAUUCACUCUGUCUACUGAGGCACUUUCCUUGAUCCCUAGGGAAGCCUUGGGCCCCGAGACCCUGGAACGACUCCUAGAGAAGCAGCAGAACUGGGAGCAGAGCCAAGUUGGACAGAUGUGUGGGGGGCCCCAGCUCACUUCCAAGAAAACGGCCCUGGUUGCUGGGAUGGUGCGACCUGCUUUGGAGGAUCUGCCAGAACCCGUGCCAAAUUGUGCAGAUGUGCGAGGCACAUUUCCCGCAGCCUGGUCUGCAACCCAGAUUGCAGAGAUGGAGCUCUCAGAUUUUGAGGACUGCCUGGCACUGUUUUCAGUGGACAAAGGACUUGGACCUGAGGAACUCCGGGCAGCGAUGAGCAAGGCAAAGCAGUUGUGGGGUCCCCCUCGGGGAUUUCGUCCUGAGCAGAUCCUGCAGCUGGGUCGGCUCUUAAUAGGCCUAGGAGAACGAGAGCUGCAGGAGCUGAUGCUGGUGGACUGGGGAGUGCUGAGUACACUGGGCCAGAUAGACAGCUGGAACUCAGGCCAGCUCCGGGUAGUGGUCUCCAGUUUCCUGCGGCAGAGUGGUCGGCAUGUGAGCCACCUGGACUUCCUUCAUUUGACUGCUCUGGGCUAUACCCUGUGUGGACUUCGGCCAGAGGAGCUACAGCAUAUCAACAGCUGGGAGUUUAGCCAAGCAGCCCUGUUCCUUGGCAACUUGCAUCUCCAGUGCUCUGAGGAACAGCUGGAGGUUCUGGCCCAGCUCCUAGUUCUGCCUGGAGGGUUUGGCCCAGUGAGUGACUGGGGGCCUGAGAUCUUCACUGAAAUUGGCACAAUUGCAGCUGGGAUCCCAGAUCUGGCUCUUUCAGCACUGCUACGGGAGCAAAUCCAGGGACUUACCCCUCUUGCUGUUUCUGUCAUCCCUGCUCCUAAAUUUGCUGUGGUGUUCAACCCAGUGCAGCUAUCCAGUCUUACCAGUGUCCAGGCGGCAGCUGUCACUCCUGAGCAGAUGGCUUUUCUGAGUCCUGAGCAGCGGCAAGCAGUGGCAUGGGCCCAACAUGAAGGGAUGGAGAGCCCAGAACAGCUGGGCCGAAGCAAAGCCUGGGGCCUCCAGUGGUCACGAUCCUUCUGGGCCCUCGCAUUGACCAACUGCUUUCUCAGCAACCUGCUAUGAGACUGUCGGGGAGAACUUGCUCUGAGAUUGUUGGGAAGAAAACCUUAUGUCAUAAUGAAUAAAAAAAAUCUUAAGUCA